UUGGGCUGGGGCAGUUCAGUUUACAGCCCAAGCGCAACAAGUACUGUAAAACCCGAGGACUUCGUCGCUGGAAUCAGAAACUCCUUUUUCCCCUAGCCUCAAACAUGGAAAACCCUGGAUCACCCCCCAAAGAGCAAGAGCCCGAAGCGAAGAAGCUCAAAAUGUCAGCCACCGCCUCCGACGACGACGACGACGCCACCUGCCCACCAGCAGAAAGAAAGCAAAGGUUCAAGCGCCGCAAGAUCGCCAUAUUCUUCGCCUACUGCGGCGUCGGCUACCAAGGCAUGCAAAAGAACCCGGGGGCCAAGACCAUCGAGGGCGACCUCGAAGAAGCCCUCUUCUUCUCCGGCGCCGUCCCCGAGCAGGACCGCGGCUGCCCCAAACGGUUCGACUGGGCUCGGUCCGCUCGGACGGAUAAGGGCGUCAGCGCCGUCGGCCAGGUGGUCUCAGGCCGCUUCUACGUCGACCCGCCCGGUCUAGUCGAUCGGCUCAACUCGAACCUCCCUUCCCAGAUUCGGAUUUUCGGGUACAAGCGAGUGACGGCGUCUUUUAAUGCCAAGAAGUUCUGCGAUCGGCGUAGGUAUGCCUAUCUUAUACCCAUUUUUGCGCUUGAUCCUUCCUCACAUCCCAAUAGAGAGACUGUUUUGGCUAGUUUGGGUUCUGAGAAUGAGCUUCCUAAGUGCUUGGAGUGCUCAGAAAGAGGCCGUAAAGUUGUAGGAGUAACGGGUAAACGCAACUUCGGAUCCAGUGCAGUUGAUUCCGAAAAUGCGAUUCCUGAAUCCGUUAUUGAUUCAGGCAUUUCGUCGAGCAAUGGGAGUGCAAUAGUGAAAAGUGAACUUCAACACCUGAAUGAGAAACUUUUGGAUAAAGAUGUGAUUUCUGAAUCCGUUAUUGAUUCAGGCAUUUCAUCGAGCAGUGGGAGUGCAGUAGUGAAAUGCGAAGUUCAAGAGGUAAAUGAGCAGCCUUUGGAGAAAGAUGACAGUAGCAAUAGAGAUUCUGAUGAACACAAGAUGUGUUUGGGCAAUGGAGCUGGAGCAAAUGAGGGUGGCUAUUUAUCUGGGGAAAAGAAAGCUGAAGCCAAGCAGUUGGAUGAGUGUGUAAACAAUGAGAAGAGGCCCGAAGAUGAAGUCCAGCAGUUGAAUGACUCUGGAAAUUAUGAGAAGAGACCUGAAAAUGAAGCCCAGCAGUUGGACGAGUGCGGAAAUGGUGAGAAGAGACCUGAAAAUGAGAGUCAAUUUUGUUACGGGGAGAAGGAGAAAGAAAGAUUUAACAGAAUUCUGAAGUGUUACGAGGGGACCCACAACUUCCAUAACUUCACAACCAGAACCAAAGCUGAAGAUCCCUCGGCGAGGCGCUACAUUGUCUCCUUCAACGCAAACACCACCAUUAAUGUUCAAGGAAUUGAAUUCGUCAAGUGUGAGGUUGUUGGGCAGAGCUUCAUGCUUCAUCAGAUUCGGAAGAUGAUUGGUCUUGCGGUUGCAAUCAUGAGGAACUGUGCUCCUGAGUCAUUGAUCGAAACAGCUCUACAACGGGAUGUUAACAUAAAUGUGCCAACAGCUCCGGAGGUUGGUUUGUAUUUGGAGGAAUGCCUGUUUGCGUCCUAUAAUCAGAAAUGGAAAGACAGUCAUGAAGAGUUGUCUAUGAAAACUUACGCAGAGGAGGCCCAAGACUUCAAAAUGAAUCACAUAUACUCGCACAUAGCAUCGACAGAACACAAGGAAGGCGUCGUGGGCCUCUGGUUGCAUUCGCUGAACCAUCGCAACUAUCCUGAUUUACUCCUUAAUAAUGGAGAAGCCUCUUACUUAAACGAGUCGGCAGGGCAGCAAAUACCAUUAUCUAGCAGCCAGUAGAUUUUCAGAACUCCAAUCUGCUUUUACAUAACUAUAUAUUUAACCUGCAGAAACAUUUUGUCCGAUUACUUGUGGUGUAGCAGAAAAAUGUGCUUUCUGCUUAUCCAUCUAAUGCCUAUAGAGCUCUAGCCUAUCUGUCUCUUCUUUCUUUCCUGUAUCAGGGCUCUGUUAUGUUGCCCAAUGUUACCCGACGCAGGCUUCCAAGGGGGGGGGUGGGUGUGUGGGUCUGACUCGCCCCCCUCCCCCCUCUCAAUUUAUGUUGCCCGCCCGAGUAACUUUGAAGGCAUUCUUAAAGACAUUAUCUGGGUUUGUAAUUUUGUCAAGUUUUGGGGGUAUUAUUGCAGUUUUCCUAAAUUUUAAUAAGCUAGCAGAGGAGAUCUUCCUUUGCUUUUUCUUGUGUUAUUAUUACUAUUAUUAUAUCAAGUGAUUCCUCAGAAUAGAAUAAAACUGUGGACUCCGAAGAAAAAUCCAUGCCACCACCUUAUGGCUAUGGGUUCGAAUGUGAUAUAAUCUCAGCAUUACGAUUCUAUGAAAUUUA